CUCGCCACCACUUGGCGCGCUGUCAAUGGCCAGCCGCCGCCAGCGCCGCCGCCCCGACCAACCGGGCGCCUCCACGUCUCCCUGCCUCCCUCCACCUCCCGCGGCCCUCAGGGCCCACUGGAGCCCGCCCCGAGCCCAUCCAGGGCGCGAGCCGCCGCCGCCCUCGCGUCCGAGCUCCCCGUGCGGGAGAGCUCCCGAUCCAGCGUGUCCUCGCCGCCUCGCUGACCCGCCAUCCGCGCUCGCCGGCGACGAGCGCCGCCCAUCGUCGGAGACCUCCAGCAGGCCAGUGCGCCCUUGCCUCCUUCCUUUCCCCGCUCUCUCCCUCACGCCCUCUCGGCUUUCCUCGCAGGGAGCCUCCAUGGCGCGCCGAGCUCGGAUCUCCGCCCGCUGCCGUUGUCCAUCGUCGUUCCGCGUCGAGAACGAGGCUGCCCACUCGGAUCUUCCCGCCCAGGCCUUUUCCUUGUCGGAUCCGGCGGAUCCCGCCCGGAUCCGCUCGCCGGUGCUCGUCCCCGGCCUCCCUUCGCGUCGGCAUCAACCUCCUGCCGCCGUCCAGCGUCCGCUCGCGUGUGUUGACCGCGUGUGGCCGCGGGUGGGCCAUGACCUCCCCGACCCAGCAUCGCCAGCAGCUCCAAGGCCUGCAUCCGCUCCCUGCCGGCCUCGCCUUGUGCCUCAUCACGGCCCAGCAAGGCGCUGCGGCCCAGCCUCUCCUCCAGCCGGGCUUGGCCCAAUCUUCGGUUUUGUUUCGGAGUUGUGAGGAUCCGUUCGAGUACAUCCGUUUGCCUUCUUCAU